AUGGACGCUCUCGAUAGACCGGUUAGGAUCCCACCCAGAUAUGUCCAUUACGCAAACAAGCAUUCGCUUUUUCAACUCCAAAAAGUAAUGAAUAUUAAGCUUCUGUCAGAAAGUUCAUAGAAUCUGUUGGAACGACUAAUUCUUGCUCGACCAGACGAUCCCAUUCAAUAUCUCAUAGAUUAUUUGAAACUGGAAAUUUCUCAAGGUAAAAUUGACUAGUUUUCCUAGUAUUCAUUAAGUUCCGGCUAUUUAUAUUUUUGGCCCGCCAUGUUCUGGGAAGAGAACACUUGGUAAUUACAUCUCAAAGAGUCUUAAUUGCGUCCACAUUUCAUCUGAAAACGUCAAAAAUCUGGAGGGGUUAUAUGCCAUUGAUGACGCAGAAGCAUACGAACAAGUAAGAGCAUAAAGAUUUUCAUACCUGAAGUGUCCAAGCCCUUAUUAUCUUGCCAUGUCCUUGAAAAAACGAUUGCUCCAGCAGGAUUGCGAAACACGAGGUUAUGUGUUGACCGGAUUUCCUGAAACAGAAGAACAAGCAAAGGCGCUACAGUUCGAAGGAAUCUUCCCGGAUAUUGUGCGUAUGAAUAUCUUUUCGUUUCUUAAACUGCUUAUAGUGGUUCUGGAUACACAGGAUUGCGUAUUGAUAGAAAGAGCCGCUGGUGAACUAAUUGAUCCCGAAACUGGUGGUGGGUCUACUUUUUAACGUUUCUAUGGGUUCAACCGUUUUAAGAAUUUAGCAUAUUCAGAAAAUUACAGUUAAUAUUUUCGAUCAUUUAAAUACACUUUUAUACGGUAGUGCCGUGUUAACAUUGAUUUUUCUAUCGGCCCACUUCAGCGCGGAUUUAGGUAGGCCGCGUGCUGAUCAUACUUCGAAUAGUUUUGGAAGCGAGUACUUUUGGCUUACUCCUUGGUCUUAGCAGAAUGUGUUCUUAUUUUUCGCACUAACGUAACCAAAUAUGAGGUAUAUAAUUUGUUUAUGUGUUUAAUAGUGGUUCAUGAAUAUGGACAAAUAUAAAUGGGCAGGUAUAAUUAGGCAGCCAAAUUCUAUAUUUUCCACAGGAUGUUGGAAUAAUAUUUAACGUAAGCAUAUAGUUAACACACAAUCAAUAUCCAUGACUGAGAAGCUAGGGUAAUUUUCAAUACAUAUAAUGGUUCUGUGAUACUCACUAUGGUUGGGUCUUAAUGAACUGAAAACCGCUUGCACUUUGUAAGCCUACUUCUUGGGCUAUAUUUCAUCGUGAAUAUGCAAUCGGUCUGGCAUAGUUCGGUUAGAAAUAUCGUACUAUGGACAUCAAUUACAGGUAGGCAGUUCUUUCGAGAAUUUUGUCGGCGAUGAGCAACAUCGGAAGAAAGACUAUGAGCUGAAAGGUCACCAGGGAUUACUUUACACAUUUUGGUAUAUAAACUGGAUCAGACUGCUCACCGCUCUCUUAGAUGGUGACCUGCCAUUGUAUCUUUUCAACCAGUCACUAAAAAUUCGAGGAAAGAGUGCUUGUUUUUUGGGGGGUGGCUGCUGAACCAAGUCUGUUUGUCAAGUUCGGGCAGCAGUGCUUGGCAGACCUUUCAGUCAGUCAGUCAGUCUCGUCUUUCGUUUGUUUGUCUGUGCAGCAAAUCCUCUCAACAAACUUUCUGUCGAGUAAACAUUCAAAGACCCGCGAUGCUCAAACGUAGGAUCUUGUUCUUAUCGCUCGAAUACCUUGUGAAUUUAGACUUUAUAGGUUCAUCGAUAGGCUCAUCAUGGAUACUGCGUUCGCACCGUCUCGUCCUUUUCACACUUCCUCAGCUUGCAAAAUGACUGUUGCCAGAAUACAGAAUAGUAGCUUCACAGCCUCCAAAAUCCGCCUAUAUGAUCUUAGUUUUUUUACUUAUCCAAGAACGAGACUGGUUUGAGUCAGCUUCAAUACUUGCAUGGGUAGCCAGUGAACAGUCUUUCAGACUACGAGCGGCUUCUUGAACUCGCUUGAACGUUUGUUUUCCAGCUUUAAUUUUUCCUGUAUUGACAGCUAAAGUAUUUGAUUGUUCGCAGGCAAUACUGAAACAUUGGCCGACUAUUUUUCUAGUCUGUUUCGUCAUGUUGUCGACCUUGUCAUAUACGCAUCCCGGAAAAGUUUCUCAGAUGCGAACGUUCCAUCUUUCUGGAAAACUUUACUAGUACUUAAUUUGACACACCUAAUAUGGCAUCAAUGAGCAAAAUACAGCCCUGAACGAAGGUACAGUCGUUAUAGGAGCUCCGACCGUGGACACCGUAUAGGGCUUAUAAGUUAUUGAUAUGCUUGGAUUGGCAUGAACAAGACUGUUUUAUUAGCCAUCACGUUAAACGAAAUCUUUAGAAAUCCACAUCAAUAUUGAUCUAUUUUAAGGAGGCUCAUAACUACACGUAACGAGUUACCGUAACGAUUGAAACCUUUCAAGCCGUGAUAAGUGCAUCUGAUUAAUUAAAACAGGGCAGCAUGCCACAGGAUUGGUCUCACUAUCUUUUCUCUGUAUCACUGAAGAGACAGCGAAGUGAGUUUGGGCCCAGCUUUGCCCCAGUCGCAUCUGCAAAUUCCACCUGUUUUUCUCCUAUCAGAUACUUACCACGCCAUCUUUAACCCGGCUCCUGACCCAAAGAUGGCAGCUCGCUUGGAGCGUGCACCGGGCACAUCGCCGGAGGAAAUGAAAGCCAGUCUAAAGGAGUACCAUCACCACUUUGUCGCCCUGAAGAAUAUAUAUGGCGACCUGAUGACCUCAAUCAAUACGGAUCAGCCAUUGACGGAUGUAUUUUCACAGGCUCUGUGUCGCCUGAACCGUCCUCCCCGGACCGUUGCCAUGUGGACGCCGCGGGUCGUCCUACUCGGCUACUCAGGCUCCGGGCGCAAGACCAUGGCUCGGAUGCUUGCUAAGAAGUAUGAUCUCGUGCCAGUCCACUGCGGCACUCUCAUUCGCACUGAAGUUCUAAAGGGCAGCAAACUGGGUCUGGCUAUGUCGACGUACACUGAGGCCAGAUUGCCAGGUGGGAAUUAACACUCAUCGUUUCUCUCUCUCUUGACAGUUAUUGGAUCAUUUUACAUAAGGGAUCACGCUUUUAUCUCGGAAAUAGGUGGAUCCGCUUAAAAUAUAAAUCAGCUCGUUAGGCAUUAAACCAGACAGUGUGAUAGGAACUACCUAGUCGCCAUCGUGGCUGCUUUUUGCCCAUAGGACUCAAGGGGUUGAAAAUAAGCUGGCGACAACUAAACCACAAGGUGACUGCUGGGAGGGGGUUAAAUGCAGUGACGCCUUUUGUCAAACGGCACUGUCAGACGAAGCACGUCUGACAGUAUUAACAGAGGUCUCCUUUAAUUACUGCUGUCGUAUAUGCACAAAGUACCAUACUCUGGUACCGGACUGGCAACCGGAGAUAAUAGUUAUAUUGUUAGUUGCUUCAACGACUUCCUAGUGCAGGAUGUAUUUUACGUCCAGCGUUUGUAGUGAGAAAAACCGAAAUGCCAUAGGGGAGUUUGUUGUUAUUUUCGCAACAUAUGGUAUCAGUUUGGAUUCCCAAUUUUCUUAUCCUGUAGACUGUACACUGACAGUGUGCCGCCGGUGAAGUGGGACUUCUCAUGAGCAAGCUACGGUAAGUGGGCUAACUCAUGGAAUUACGAAAUGCAUUUUUGUUUCGUAAAGAUUACUUAAGUGGGGUUUUAAAAUAAAUCGUACUGUAGCAUAAUUCAGUUACCCCAGGAGACCAUCUUUCGAAUGAACCUCGUUUCGGCCGCACGCAAAAACUGUACUCUGUAAAGAAUGACUGCUUAUGCAGCAUGCAUUUUUCUCAUUGAUUUUCGGUGCCCUUAAAGAUUCAAUUAUAUUUUAUGGAAAACAUCUAUAAAACACUUACUCUUUUGCUCAUUCGGUAGGAUAUUACUUCUUUUCCAUUUUUACACUCGAUGGAAGGGUGUACUUCAGUUUUCGAAAACUUUCCUAAUUCUCGAAUAAUUUUGAAACUCGACCUGCCGUUACACUUGCAUUCAGGGUUUCCAACUUACAAGCCCUAUAUUUUCCGCGUACGGACAACCAUACACUUCUCUACGGGAGACUAUAUGGGAUUCAUAAAAUUUAGUACUGGAUUUGAACCACACCGUUAACUUUGUAAGCCACAUUGUCAAAGGCAGAGAUAUGACGUUUUAUAAACGGCCAUUCUACGGUAGUGAAAAUCCCACAAUUAGAAACUCUUUAAAAACCGAAUUAUACCUUUUCUUCGAGUAAAAAAAUUGGAAGAAGACGUAAUUUUCUACUGAAUAUGUAGAACAAUGAAUACUUUUAUGCGUUUUCCAUGAAGUAUAAUCUAAUUUUUUAGGGCAUCGGAAACCAGUGACAAACAUUCCAGCAACUUAAGUAAUCAUUUUUACAGAACGUGGUCUUUGUAUGCAACAGAAAGAGGUUUGUUCGAAAGCCAAAAUCCUUAGGCAACUGAAUUGUUAUAAAAUUAUGCCACAAAGUGAUUUGUUUUACAGUCCUAUUUUAUUAAUCUUUGCGAAACGAAAACACAUUUCGUAAUUUCGGUUGACAUUUCAUGAGUUAGCCCACCUACUGCAGUCGAUGUGGAUAUGCCGGCGAAAUCCGUUGGCUGAAUAACCUGAUAGUUAUAAACAACACCAGUGCUGCAGUUCGCUCUGGGCUCCACUUCACUUCAUCCAGCUACUGGUUACGUAUUCAGAGUUUCAUGUCCGCCAGUAACCGAUGCUACCUUUGAGGAAAUGUGAAAGCCUUUUGUCUCGAUAGUAUUGUGUCGUUUAUGCCUUUGGUGACCAGCGCUCCAUCUUAUAGGCCAGCAAAAAUCGAAGCAGGCUUCAGUGGUAUACGUUUUUUAGAUAUCUGUCAUGUUAACGAGCAUGUGCACUUUCUACCCCCAAAGUCUGGUGAAUCCAGCUUACUGUCCGAAUUAUAAGACCCCCUGUCGGGCAAUGUCACACUACCGGUCCAGUUACCUGACAGUGCCGACUACAUACUAUCCAUUUCCGUCUACGUCUGUUGAUUGCACGCGUUCCUGGACCUGCAGAGCUCUUGAAACUUGGACCCAUAAAGCUGCGUACUUCGCACGCAGCUCAAUAUGACUCUUAGUUGAAUGGCCGUCCAUGCUUCUUAAAAGCGUGUUGCUGGAUGGUCAUAACCUCGGUCUAUCACUCUGGCUGAGCCGAGGCUCAGGUCGUGGGUAACACGGGUAACGUGAGAUGCCAUCAGCAACUUUAUGGCCUCGCCCGUAGUUUUCAGCGUGGCAGAACUCUCUGUAACUGCAAUUUAGCCAGUAAACAACGAAUACCUUUGUCCCAUUAAAGAUAGGACUUUUAAAAAGCACCAUUUGACGGCGAAGUGCUAAAUUGGAUUCCUUAACGGCUCGCACCGCGAGUGUCGCGUAAAGCUGAUAAAGAUGUAUGAGCUUCUUACUGUGUACUGGGCGACCCGCAUAACUUGGCUAGUUUCCUGCAUUUGAUUCAUCCAUGUGGGCCUGUCGGCCUUUUUUGACGAGCUUUUAUGGACAGGCGUUUGUUCUAAAGAGUUGCCGAGGUUUUUUGAACUAGGUCCUCUCGGCAGCUGACGUGCUGCGGCAGUUACACUCGCCAGUACAGUGCGCUCGGUGUAGACGAGAAAUUGUCAUCUAGAAUGUGUUUGUUGGUUUUUGACUACCGCCUUCGGCUGUUGACUCUCUGGUUGGGCACAGAUAGUUGCGCCCACAAUCCGAAGCCAGUCGCAAAUCCCCCCAUCCAUCGUAAAGUCUGCUUCAGGGACGACGUAUUUUAAAGCCCCCUAUCCCGUUCUACUUGAUGAGAACAGACAGGCUACCGAGCUUUCAUGCCCCAAAUCCGAGUUGAUACUUCUAGAGCACAUGUCCCCCAGGAUUAGUAGUGAGGUACCACCAAUGUACGCAGAAACUGGUAAACAUAUGAGGGCGCUUUUGAUUUGCACGUAAGUGAAUUCAUCUACAGUGAAACAAGCUUAAGGGGGCUUGAGCUCUAGAGAGGCCAUCCUAAUUAACAAAGCAUUCACUUAUCAGUUUGCUUACAGUUUACACCAUGAAUUUCUCAUGCCUAGAGGUUAGGAGAAGUGACAAACACUGAAAUGAUUGCUCCCUGCUGAAUGAUCCCUUGACGCCGAGAAGCAGGGUUUACUAAGAUUUAAAAGGGUUCGAGAAAUCCAACCACUUGUUUGAUGAAUAGCUUACACGUUGUUUACACGUUGGAUCUCAGCCAGAUAUGACGUCCUCCGAGCUUACAGAGAGUUCUGCAUCACCUUUCUCUGUCAUUGUAGGGCACAGAAGUGUUUGGACACGCUGGAAAGGCCCCUGCAUAAAAAUUUCAGGAGUUUACCUCAUUAAAAAGUCCUACCCAACUCAAUUUAGUCUAUUGAAAGACGUAUUAAAAACUACAACGGUAGGGUGGAGGACCCCAAUUAAAUGUCGGCAGACUGUGGAUCAUGUCACAUGGAGUUUUAUCUUCGCACCCAUUUGCAAAUCGUUGCAGAAAUUACACUGCCAACAAUGAUUGCUUCCAAUGACCUCAGACCAUUAUUCAAACUCCGUUAUUCUUUUAAAUUUUUUUUAAUUUUUUAAUUAAUGCGCACAUUUCCGUUGCCAUACGAAAGUGUACGACAAGACUUCCGGCCGAAAUUCAGACGGUUCCUGUGUUUUCUUGGAUUUUGUCAGCUUACUGGGUAGAGGUCGGUUACGCUGUCCUGGACUCAAGUGUAAGCGCAAUGUCAGCAUUGCAAGUAAAGUAAGCCGAAGGAGGAUGCAGAAGUCUUAGUGGGAAAGAAGUUACAGCUAAAACGGAUAAGGGCAGCCUGGUGUUUCUGUUUAGAGGUAGGGUUGAUUUCGGGAUUUGGGUAAGUGUCGGGCUGAGAAUCGAGUUUAGGGUUUGCGUUAAGCUUAAGGGUCCCGGUUAGAGUUGGGGUUUGGAUUGUGGUUUAGGUUUACGUUUAGCGUUAAGGUCGGGGUUAGGGUUAGUGUUGGGGCAGGGUUACGGUUAAAGUUAGGCUUGGGGUUAUGAUUAAGGUCAGAUUUAUGGUUAAGGUUAGGGUUACGGUUAAGGUUGAGGUUGGGAUUAGGGUUUGUGGUAGGUUUAGGAUUAGCGUUAGGUUUAUAAUUACGCUAAGAAUUAGGUUUACUUUUGAGGUGAGGUUUACCGCUGGGCCUGGUGUAUUGCUGCCCCAUUAUUACCAUUACCGUAUGACAUGAUCCACAGUUCACCGACGGUUAAGUGGGGUCCUUCACUCUACCGUUGCCAAAAUUGCUUUAAAGAUGGACGGAAAACUGUACUUUUUAAAACUGUAUGAAACAUUUACAUGCGCCACCUUCUCUCUCUCCCCCCUCCCUCAACCAAAUCCAGUUCCGGACCCGAUGGUCAUUAAGCUGCUUAAACUGCGUCUAACUGAGGUGGACUGCACCCUCAAGGGUUGGGUCCUCUACGGCUUUCCCCGUUCCUGGAUACAGGCUGAACUCCUGGAUUCCGCUGACCUUGAGCCGAAUCGAAUCAUCGUGUUGAACAUACCACAUUCCGAAACAGCUGUUCGCCUCACUGGUCGACGUGUGGAUGCGGUCACAGGUGAGACCUAUCACCUCUGCCAAAACCCCCCACCCGAGGACCUGGUGGACCAGCCAAAGCGAAUAGGCAUUCGACCGCGCACAUCGGAGUGCGAGAUUAGUACCAAGCUGUCGCGUUUCGCUGCUCAGCGCGACGAACUCAUGAAGUUCUACGGCUCACGUGUGACCCAAGUCAACGCCGAUCGCGAGAUUCCUACGGUGUUUGAAAGCGUGGAGGCUGCUAUUACAAAACCACCCCCCUAUAAGAGCGACUCCUAG